GCGAAUUUUGAUAAAUUCAAUUUCCAGCUAGAGAAAUACGCUAAGCAGGAGCUGGGGUUGAAGCUAGAUAGAGAUUCGCAGAUAUGUCAAGAUAAUCUAACAGCAAUGGGUUGUCCUAGAGGCAACAACUGUCCUUAUAGACACACAGACCCAGCACCAAAGAACUUUGAACCAAUUCCGCCUCUUCCUACAAACUUACGUGAGAGAGAACGCGCUGUCACAGUAUGUAAGCAUUGGCUGAGAGGAUUGUGUAAAAAGGGAGAUGCAUGCGAAUUUCUCCACGAAUAUGAUUUGAGGAAAAUGCCUGAAUGCUGGUGGUUCGUCAAAUGGGGAUGGUGCGCUAACGGAGAAGAAUGCUUAUACAGACAUACAAGUUUGGAAGGUAGAAAGAACGAGUGUCCAGAGUAUUUGCGAGGUUUUUGCAGGAGAGGACCAUAUUGUCCAUUCAAGCACAUACGGCGGGCAGCGUGUCCAGCAUACUUAGCUGGAUAUUGUCCAGAUGGACCAUACUGUGCUCGUGGACAUCCAAAAUCAAGACUACCUGAACGAUACACACUCGAGGAUGCAGAUCCACCACCAGUCCCAGACGAAGAAUUGGGUCCACCACCUGGAUACAUGGGUUACUCGUACGAAAGAGGACCUUGGGAAUCCCGUAGAUUUGGUGCUGGUUUCGGUGGUGAACCUGGUCAAGGUAUAGCCCACGGUAUUGGUCCAGGCGGUGUCUCUCAUGGUAGACCACAAUCGUACAGAGGUGAAAAGUCUUUAGUUACUCCAAACACUGGUUCAGGUCCAGGUGAACCAUUCAUUAGAAAUGUUAAUCAAAAGCCACGCGAUAACCAAAACGCGCAGGUGCGACGUGGAUUAGAAAAUAUCCUAUGUUUCAAGUGUGGACAACACGGCCACUAUGCUAAUCAAUGCCCUAAUAAAAUCGCUGCUGGUCGACAAAGGCAUCAACAACAUUAAAGAAUAUAUAGAAUAAUGUAAAUAUAAUUGUAAAAUUAAUUCAUAACUUCUU